AUGGUAGCUUUACAGCUCCACAAUAACAGACAUCUUCCAACCUUUCUUUCAGGUCAGGGAGUGUACAGCACCACUGGAAUGAGAUAUAUUACUUUGUUGAUCACCUGGCUCAUAAAUUCACAAGGUACAGUAUGUGUUAACUGGAUAUACCACCACAAGUCCCAAAGAGCACAAUUAAUAUACACUGGUCAAGUCCAGUAAGGAUGUAUACAGACAUGUUAUUGAACAAAGUAUUUGGACAAAACAGCAACACACAAAGAGAUUAUGUCAGUCAACUGUGGAAAUACCCUCCCUCUAUCCCUCUCUCUCGCUAGUCCUCAGCUGCGGAUGUCCUUCAUUGUAUUUUCUACAGAGGGACGGAUCCUGAUGAAACUAACAGAAGACAGGCAAGACAUAAUCCCGCAAGCUGUUGUGCCUAUGCUUUAACUACUCACAACUAACACAGACAGGAUUUACACAAUACACCACCUUUAAUGACCUGCUCAUUUUCUUCAUUGGUCAAUCUUUUUGUGGAAGGUACUGUGUGCCAAUCUUUCUAUUGUGGGGUACUGCCCACAUGAUACACUGACAGUACAAAUGGGCUGUAUUUUUGUGUGUGUGUGUGUGAGCAGGGAACAGAUUCGGGCAGGCCUGGAGGAGCUCCGUAUGGUGCACCCUGGGGGAGACACUUUCAUGCACAAAGGGUUCCAAAGGGUGAGUAGUGGAUUGGAAGCCAGUAGCUGAAGGUAACUGGGCAACAGCUUGACCUCCUACUGCAAAAAUUUGAACAAUAUAUUUUUCUGUUCCAAUAACCAUUCUUAUCUCUCUAAAUGGGUAAAAGCAGAAGACAAAAUGCUGUCUCAAUAAAUUAGUCUUCUAAAAAGUAUUAUUCUAUCUGCUCCCCCAGGCCAGUGAACAAAUCUACUAUGCUGGAGACAGUAAGUAGAUUAUUCUUGUUAUUUGCACUUGGAAUAAAUUAUUUGGGUAGAACUCUCAUUAUGCUCCCAGUCAUAAGCAGACACAGAUUAAAAGCUACCAGUACAAUUCAAACCUAUUGCUCCCUAUUGAUCCCUUUACCAAGAAACUAUGGUAUCAUAAGUGUUAGAAUUUAAGAGUUGUUAGAUUGAAUUAUCCAAUGAUUAUCUUCCCCUUCAGUGACAGUUAGACAGUACAGUCUGUACUCUGAGAAGUAUUCUGUUCUGCUCUGUUGUCUUGUUCUAACUAAAUCUGUCCUGGUCCUUCAGGUUUCCGUACAGCCAGUGUCAUCAUUGCCUUGACAGAUGGCGAACUGAGGGAGAAUCAGUUUGAUCUGGCAGAGAGAGAGGUGAGAGAAAUGUUUAUUUUAGACCUACAGUAAUGGAUGAUCUAUUGGCAAUAUCUAUCUCUACACUCACAGAGUGGGCAGAGUGCAAAUAGUCAGCCACAUUCUACAGAUUUUUCCAGUCCUGGAAGAGCAGAUUCUCAUACUCUACUGCCUGUCAUCAUAUGUAAUUAUUAUUAUUAGAGUUGCCAUUUUCGUUUAUCUCUCUACAGCUGGUUACAUCAGUUAUUUCAGCCUUGUAAUUACCGGAUAUUUCAAUCUUGUUUAUACAUUGGCCGGGGGCCAGUGGUGCAGAACUUCCUAGACUUGAUUAAAUGUCACCAAGACCCAAGAAGUCAUAAUUGGCUGUGUAAGAACACUCAAAGCACUACAUGUAACCAUCAACAAUCGAUAGAGUGAACUGCAAAAAAAACGUCUACACCAUUAUAGACAGCAAAUGCCUCUGUCUCCAAACGUCAGUCACGACUCAAGACUAAGUACCUGCACAAACCUGCAGUAAGUAAGCCUUGGACAAGUAAGCCUUGUCCGAGCCAGAACGGCCCAUAGGGCCAGGAGCCUAUCUUUCUGUAGCGUAAGGCAGCUCGAUGUACAUGUAUACACCCCCUGGACAGGAUGCUAGUCUGCUGUCGGGCCUUACCCACAAUCCAUCUCGUUAAUGCAGAGUGCUAAUCUAACCACAAGGCCACUGAGUUGGUUGCACAAACUGAGAAGGCUGGACAAAAACCCAUCUGUCUUGCAAGCCUUCCAUAGAUGCUUCAUAGAAUCCAUCCUCAUCCUUUAUGGAUACACCUGUCAUGACUCUCUCUCCUUGGUGAGGAUCAAAGGUGCCAGAUCAGCUUGGAAAAUUAUUUUGUGAUGUCAUUAAGGAUGGUAUCAAGAAAUAACUGUAACUCGGAAAGUGUACAUAUUCUAUCUAUCAAGUUUACAUCUAAAUGUUGUAUAAAAUAUAUGAUUAAGUAUGAGAGUAUUUUGGUGAAGAUAGGAAUGUGAUUUUAGUCUUCUAAUGAGAUAAUAGUUUUUAAUAUAAACUAUGCACAGUGACUAGCCACGCCCUGAGUGACAUCAGAGAUCGUGUCAUCACGAUGGAACGCCCCUUUUACACAGAGGGCAUAAAAAUCCUUGAAAAACAAAUCAACAUUUAGACCAGGAAGCGUGGAGCUGUGGCUACAUGGCUUAAAAUGGUUAGACCAGAAAGACCAGCCGACGUGCAGCGGGAGCUGAACGUUACAAAUGGUUGCCACUCGAAGACCAGGAAACGUGAGAUGGUAGUACAUACGUUUGAAAUAGUGAAACUCUGAAACUCUCAAUCUCUAAAUCUCUACACGAGAAGAAGACCACACACUAGACCUUAUCAUAUCAGUCUGCAGCUGUACAUGUAAAGUAGUCUAGUACUUUCACUAAAGACACAAGUUGGGAAGGACAAUCCCAUCUUACACUCCAUUAGAAGACAAGCCGAGUAUUACCGAAGUGGGAUAGGACACUCAAACCCUUUUUGAGAAAGUGGUUCAACAGAGAGAUGACGAUCAAGGACAGCUACACGUAAAUAUGCAUUGCAUUUCUUAUCCGAAUGAGCGGUGGUUUCCAAAUGUAACAACGAUAAGUUGAAUCUCUGUCUCUCCCUUUCACUCUCUGUUUAAUGACCCCUCCUUCCCCUAACCAAGCAGUCAUGCUAUUGUUAGUCCAGUCAACUAGGGACCUGUUUUCAUUGUAUUACGUUAGUAAUGAAUAACCUAUACUGUGUGUGUGUGUGUGUUUAUGUAUUCUGUGUUAUUAUUUAGUUAAUUAGUAAGUAAGUAAAUAAAUAAUUAAGCCAAUGUGUGUAUUGCUGAUUCAUCAAUAAGGUUAGGGUUCUUGCAGGUUCAAGGAUUAUGCGACGUUCAGAAUGAGACUGAUGAGGUAAUGAUUUAAUAAGUGACUGUUAUCGAGAUAACAUACAGUGAGGGAAAAAAGUAUUUGUUGAUUUUGUACGUUUGCCCACUGACAAAGAAAUGAUCAGUCUAUAAUUUUAAUGGUAGGUUUAUUUGAACAGUGAGAGACAGAAUAACAACAACAAAAAAUCCAGAAAAACGCAUGUCAAAAAUGUUAUAAAUUGAUUUGCAUUUUAAUUAGGGAAAUAAGUAUUUGACCCCCUUUCAAUCAGAAAGAUUUCUGGCUCCCAGGUGUCUUUUAUACAGGUAACGAGCUGAGAUUAGGAGCACACUCUUUAAGGGAGUUACCUGUAUAAAAGACACCUGUCCACAGAAGCAAUCAAUCAAUCAGAUUCCAAACUCUCCACCAUGGCCAAGACCAAAGAGCUCUCCAAGGAUGUCAGGGACAAGAUUGACCUACACAAGGCUGGAAUGGGCUACAAGACCAUCGCCAAGCAGCUUGGUGAGAAGGUGACAACAGUUGGUGCGAUUAUUCGCAAAUGGAAGAAACACAAAAUACCUGUCAAUCUCCCUUGGCCUGGGGCUCCAUGCAAGAUCUCACCUCGUGGAGUUGCAAUGAUCAUGAGAACGGUGAGGAAUCAGCCCAGAACUACACGGGAGGAUCUUGUCAAUGAUCUCAAGGCAGCUGGGACCAUAGUCACCAAGAAAACAAUUGGUAACACACUACGCCGUGGACUGAAAUCCUGCAGCGCCCGCAAGUUCCCCCUGCUCAAGAAAGCACAUAUACAGGCCCGUCUGAAGUUUGUCAAUUAACAUCUGAAUGAUUCAGAGGAGAACUGGGUGAAAGUGUUGUGGUCAGAUGAGACCAAAAUCGAGCUCUUUGGUAUCAACUCAACUCGCCGUGUUUGGAGGAGGAGGAAUGCUGCCUAUGACCCCAAGAAAACCAUCCCCACCGUCAAACAUGGAGGUGGAAACAUUAUGCUUUGGGGGUGUUUUUCUGCUAAGGGGACAGGACAACUUCACCGCAUCAAAAGGACGAUGGAUGGGGCCAUGUACCAUCAAAUCUUGGGUGAGAACCUUCUCCCCUCAGCCAGGGCAUUGAAAAUGGGUCGUGGAUGGGUAUUCCAGCAUGACAAUGACCCAAAACACACGGCCAAGGCAACAAAGGAGUGGCUCAAGAAGAAGCACAUUAAGGUCCUGGAGUGGCCUAGCCAGUCUCCAGACCUUAAUCCCAUAGAAAAUUUGUGGAGGGAGCUGAAGGUUCGAGUUGCCAAACGUCAGCCUCGAAACCUUAAUGACUUGGAGAAGAUCUGCAAAGAGGAGUGGGACAAAAUCCCUCCUGAGAUGUGUGCAAACCUGGUGGCCAACUACAAGAAACGUCUGAUCUCUGUGAUUGCCAACAAGGGUUUUGCCACCAAGUACUAAGUAAUGUUUUGCAGAGGGGUCAAAUAUUUAUUUCCCUCAUUAAAAUGCAAAUAAAUGUAUAACAUUUUUGACAUGCGUUUUUCUGGAUUUUUUUGUUGUUAUUCUGUCGCUCACUGUUCAAAUAAACCUACCAUUAAAAUGAUAGACUGAUCAUGUCUUUGUCAGUGGGCAAACAUACAAAAUCAGCAGGGGAUCAAAUACUUUUUCCCUCACUGUAUAUAUAUAUAUAUAUAUAUCUCUUCUAAGAGUUUAAUUAGGGAGAUGGUAACUAGUUAAACAACUUCUUCCGUGGUGCCCCAAAUUCCUGAUGAGUUAAUUGUUACAUGAUUAAUUUAAUCGAGUGACAAUUAAACAUAGUUAGUUGAUUCGAUAAAUAACAGUCAUCACAUUAAUGCAAUUCACAUCACGACACACCUUUAUACACUGCAUUGUAUUGGUUUUCUAUGUAUCUGACACCACAAAUGAAGUUCUCUCUACUUUGGUCAAUAUAGAGUUAUAAAAGAGCUAUCAUGUCUAUUUGUGUGUCACUAGGCCGGUCGAUCGCGUCAACUGGGCGCCUCUGUCUACUGUGUGGGAGUAAAAGACUUCAAUGAAACCCAGGUGAGCCACAUGUUUCUGUUGUGAGCAGGGGAUUUAGCAGUUGGCUAGUCUCACAUUAUUGUUAUUACACUGUUAUUAAAUUAUAAGUCUCCUCCCUCCCCAGCUUUGGACAAUAGCUGACAGUAAGGACCAUGUCUUCCCUGUGAAUGAUGGCUUUGAGGCACUGCAAGGAGUCAUUGAUUCAGUAAGUAGGGCAACAAUGUUAGGGGCUGGUAGAAGGAUGCAAACACCUGUUCGCUAUUGUAAGGUAUAGUUUCAACAUGGUUGAAAGUAUACCAAGGUAUACAUACUUUCAACAGAUCUAACUCUUAACAGAUUUACAGUAUGUGCUGCUCACCGCUGUCACCAUUAACCACCUUCUCUCUCUCUCUCUCUCUCUCUCUCUCUCUCUCUCUCUCUCUCUCCUCUCUCUCUCUCUCUCUCUCUCUCUCUGAAGAUCCUGAAGAGAUCAUGCAUUGAGAUAUUGGCAGCAGAGCCCUCUAGUAUCUGUGCAGGAGGUGAGUGGUGUUUUGGAGUGGGUUUCAUAAUGGGCUCCAGCUGCAUGACACUGUUGCUUGUUUAUUGAUAUGCUGCCGACACGGAUCAAUCCACUCUGUGUUUCUACUGUGUCUAAUGAGACAGCAAGGGGGAAACGGAUAGACUUAAAUAUGUGUUUGACUCUGUGUAAAUGAAAAGUGCCAGAUGAAGACAAAUAGGCACGGUUAAAACGUUACAUCCUCUCUGGCUCAGCCUAGCCUGCAUUUGACCUGAAUAUUGUCCGAUUUUAGAUAAUCAUGGAUCAUUAUGGAUAAUUGGGGAGCUUUUGGCCUCAGGAAAUAAGGACUUUAAAAUUGUAUUAUCAACUGUAAUUCCUCUUUACCAAUGCUUAUCAAGGUGAACAAAUGGCACAUUGAUGAUUCUCAAUGUUCUCUCCCUUUCAUCCUGCCUUAGAGUCCUUCCAGGUGGUAGUGAAAGGAAAUGGUUUCUCACAUGCCCGCGAGGUGGGGAAGGUCCUUUGUAGCUUCCGCAUCAACGACACUCUCACUUUGAGUAAGUGGAAGUUACGGUACCUACAAUUUACCAACCAUUAACCCUAAUGAAUCCCAUCAGCAUCACCCCUGUUUUUAAUGAGCAGGGAACAAUCUCUUUAACUUUCACACUAGGUUCUGGGUGCAGGGUAAUGAGGGUUAGAAAGAGAUCUGUUUCAGCAAUGCCACAGUGAGUUCGUUGUUAUUGACUGUGUCCUCAGGCUGUGUGAGAAAAAGGCAAAGAGAAAGGAUUUCAACCAUCCUGAAUGAAAGAGCUUAAAGGAAUGAGCCUGAAAGAAUACUCAUUAGCUCAAGCAGGCACCAGUUGGCCAAGCUAGGAAAUAACGUUCUGAGAACCGUAUGUUUCUUAGAGCUUGGUGAGAGCCUGGUUAUCCUAUGGUUAUUUAGCAUACAACCUUCCCACAGCUUUCUGGCAAUGGUGCAGGAUAGUGGCUUGGCUUUGGAACAUUCUCAGCACAUUUAGGAAUUUAGGAUUUUUUUUAUUUUCUUGGUAAUUGUCACGGAUUCAGCCGAGGCUGCUCCUCCUCCUUGCUCGGGCAGGCUUCGGCGUUCGUCGUCACCGGAGUACUAGCUGCUACCGAUCUAUGUUUCUGUGUUCUACUUGUUUUGUCUUCAUUGUACACACCUGGUUCCCAUUAUGUCUAUGAUUUGUUCCCUAUUUAACCCUCUGGCUCCCACUGUGUUGUGUGCGUGUUUGUUCUAUGUUUGGUGUUAUCGACUGGUGAGCGGGAUUGUCCUCCCUGCGUGGAGUUUAUGUUCAUUUGUUAUUUACGAGUAAAGUAUGUUGUCUACUAGCUCUGUGUCCUGCGCCUGACUCCGUCCUACCGCUACACACUGACACCUGACAGUAAUUCAGUACUUUACCAGAAGGUUUCCUAAAAGUUGAAACAUGGUUACAUUUCAUUUCAAUUUUGGUAAUGUUCUAGGAAAGUUUUCCAACUGGUUUGACAUUGGGAAUGUUCUCAUAGUUCAGAGAACGUUAAGAAACAACAUUCUUCUGUUGCAACUGUGGCACAAACCUUUUGAUGUAAGACCCUCACUGGCAGCAAAUUACAAACCAAUGGAGUCUGCAGCAGUGCAAAAAACUGAUUGAGUUAGAGAUGUAAUGUGGUUUCUUUGUUCCUUUGCACAUCUGCUGUUGGCUGGGUGCCUCUGAGGAUCAUUGAGGAUCAAGCCAGGUAAAAGGCUCUCUGAAGCUUCAAGGGACAGGGUUUAUUUCCUGUAGAAUUUUGUAAUUUCCAAUAGAUCAGGGACUUGCAAUCAUAUCCUUUUGUCACGCCCUGACCUUAGAUAUCCCUUUUAUUCUCUAUUUGGUUAGGUCAGGGUGUGAUUUGGGUGGGCAUUCUAGUUUUUCUAUUUCUUUGUUGGCCGGGAAUGGUUCCCAAUCAGAGGCAGCUGUCUAUCGUUGUCUCUGAUUGGGGAUCAUACUUAGGCAGCCUUUUUCCCACCUUAGUUUGUGGGAUCUUGUUUUUGUAUGUAAGACCUUUAUGUUUGUGUGUAUUUUGUCUGUGUUUCAUUUAAUAAAUUAAUAUGUUCGCCUACCACGCUGCACCUUGGUCCGAGCCUUCAAUCAACGAACGGGACACCUUUAAUAGGCAAUCUUCAGUAUAGAGAGCAGUCCGAUUCUUACACUGAAGUCUAAUUUCACACCCUUUGGGUUGCUAGACAUUCGCAUUAUACGCCCAACCAACAACCCUCCUUUCGUUUUUGCCUUGAGUAACCUGUCUUAUGUACUGUAACCAGACCAAAUGCAACAUAUCAUACUCAUUUGGGUGUCCCGGAUUUACAUUUACUAUGUUACACAUAGUCUAUGAGACCAGGCUGGCAAGAGGGGGUCUGUCCUCACCCUCUACACACACACACACAUACACACACCUCGCAUUGCUUCAACUGGUUUAAUACUUAAGGCUUCUCAGAUGUACAGAGGAAAUGUGGAUCUCCUGACAUUCUCUCAGCCAGGCUACAUAAACCACACUCACUCUGAAGGACUUCAGUUUAUUUAUUUUCCACAAGUAAAGAAGGUCUAGAAAGACAAUAAGGGAGGAAUUUUCACAAUUUGUCUCAAUGUAUUUCAAUUUGAAAGAUAUUCUUUGAAACACUCUUUUGAAAUGAUGAUCAUUUAACUAUGAUAAUUACUUUAAUAGUACCGUUUGUAAAUUAACUAGCUACAGUACUCUAUUUUGUUUGUUUUUAUUUCCAUGCACCUCUCGCUGGAUGCAUAGCUAUAGGAUUUCUAAUCAGGGGGAUUAUCUAUAUACAGGCGACUUAUCUAUUGUAUACAGUAUUAGGUAUUCAUAUAUACACAUAAUACAAAGUGUUCUCUUCUAUAAUCCCAUAGUGAAAAGGCCAUUGGUAGUGAGAGACACCUACCUUCUGUGCCCAGCUCCCGUAUUGGAGAAGGAAGGGACGUAAGUGACUCUUUAACUCUCACAUCCCCACUGCUUUAAUUGAUGCAUGCCAAACCCAACUCAUGAAAUGCACUCCUUGUUUACAUACCCACAAUUACAUCUCUCUUGCUCUCAAGUCAAUACAGUAUUUUCUCAGAAAAGCAGCUAUCCUUGGUCUCUGGAAUGAAAACAGGGAUGUGUUGAUUAGAGCAAAACAAAUAAACAGUGCAGGUAAUUAUACCCUCUCACCUCACCACUCCCUCCCUCUCACCUCCCCCAUCCCUUCUCUCUCACCUCCCCCAUCCCCCACUCUCAACUCCCACAGGGAAGCUACCCUCCACGUCAGUAUGAACAAUGGCCUGAGUUUCAUAUCUAGCUCCGUCACCAUCACCACAGUCAGCUGUGUAAGUACCAACCCUUCUCCACCUCUCUACACAGGAACAUCUCUCAACCAUGGCUACAUGGAGUAUUAUGUUUCUAAUACUAUGGUUAAUUUUAGUACUUUACUCUUCCGUAUCUAUUCCAAGGAGGUGAUAGAGCUUGUACAGUAAGUACACCCGGUGCUAACCUCAUUUCCUCUCUCUGCCUCCCCCAGUCUGAUGGGACGUUCUUGGCCAUUGCUCUGCUCAUUCUGCUGCUCCUGCUGACGCUGGCUCUGCUCUGGUGGUUCUGGCCUCUCUGCUGCACAGUGGUAACCUAUCUCUCAUUAUCACCCUCUCACAUUCAAAACCACUUCCUGUACUCCAGCAGAGACUCUGCCAUGUAUGCAUGAGUCAACAGGAUAUUCAUUAACUCCUGUGGAACAGCAUAUUAGGAUUCUGUUUCUUUUUCCAUCUUUGCAGAUCAUCCAUGAGCCUCCACCUCCAGUAAUGGAGGACAGCUCAGUGAGUAAAGCUUUUUUUCUUAUCUACUGUCUCUAGGCCUGUGCCUCCUGUAGAGUUGAAACGCCACUAACAUACCAUAUAAUCAGACUCUCUGUGUCUUUUUCUGUCUCCUGUUGUCUGAUCUGAAAACAGCCGGCAGCCUCUGCCUCAAAGAGCUAUGAGAACCUGUAGAAGCAUAAUGGGGAUUAGACUGAGUUAUUGACUCACAGCUGACAUUUUCCAUUUUGACCCGACAGAAGCAGAUGUUUAGUAUAGAGGCCAAUGAUCAGAACAACGUGAGUUGGGUUCUAAAUAUAGCCGGGCAUAGGGAGUGGCACAGAGGGGGUGAUGGGAGAAAAUACAGAGUCAACACAAAGAGGCAUGGUGGGGCUAAAUGAGGUUUCACACACUGGCUUAGCUAAAGUUUGUUCUUUAGCUAAAUAACUUACAGGGGUCAAAAGAAUCAAAGACUCCAUCUGCACAAGGUCAGUCAAUCAGGCAAGGUCCUGAUCUGGCUGCAUCAGCACCAUUUGUGAGGGGAGAUUGGUCUCCUGGCGCUCAUGCCAAAGAACUCUGUCUGCAUGCGGACAGCCAAACAAAGAAGGUGACUGGACUGCAGCUGUAUUGAGAGGGGCAAUGUUGCUGGGCUCUCCGGUGUAUCCAGCUAGCUGUACUGAGGGCAAGCUCCACUCAAUGGUGCUGAAUGCAGCCAGGACCAGACUGGGCAGAUUGUUUAUGAUAGUUAUUUUGUGUUUUUUUUGUGUCCAGUAAACUGGAUAGCGGCCCAGCUCUUUAGCUAGAGAGAGGAGUUUAGUUAUGCUACAAGUUUAGUUACAAUUAUUUUCAGGCUCUCAGACGUGGCUGGAGCUUCUAACAGGGGAACUCCCUGGCCACACCACACAGGGAUGCCAUGCUACCUAUUUCUUUUUGAACUACUGGCAUACAGCUCGGACACCCAUGCAUACCCCACAAGACAUGCCACCAGAGGUCUCUUCACAGUCCUCAAGUCCAGAACAGACUGUGGGAGGCGCACAGUACUACAUAGAGCCAUGACUACAUGGAACUCUAUUCCACAUCAAGUAACUCAUGCAAGCAGUAAAAUUAGACUUAAAAAACAGAUACAAAUAUACCUUAUGGAACAGCGGGGACUGUUUGUGAAGCAACACAAACAUAGACACAUGAAUACAAACACACGAUAGCAUACACACUAUACACACGUACACAUGUAUUUUGUGUUAUAGAUAUGUGGUAGUACAGUAGGGGCCUGAGGGCACACAGUUAAUGUUGUGAAAUCUGUUAUGAAUGUAUUGUAAUGUUUUUAAAAUGUAUAACUGCCUUAAUGUUGCCAAGGCAGCAGCUAAUGGGGAUCCAUAAUAAAUACAAAUACAAACUUGAUCAGGACAUCAAGUUUAGCAUGACUCCUGCCUUACUUGUUUGGAACAAUACCACUGGUAUUGUUGACUUGAACUGGCUGAAGGGAGUGGUAGGCAUCUGAUAUUAUGAACAUUAUAGGGCAAGGCUACCAUCUGAGGGAUCUAUUUUUCCUCUUGUAAGGAUGAGGACGAGGACGGCUGUCCCAAGAAGAGGUGGCCCACUGUGGAUGCCUCAUACUACGGUGGCCGAGGUGUGGGUGGCAUCAAGAGAAUGGAGGUGAGAAAGACAUUCACCGACUGUUGUACUCGGACUGGUGUGCCCUUCAUCCAACUAUGGCUCAGCUCUGGUCAUUAUAUUACCAUGCCCCUGGCACUGACUGGCUGUUGUUGCUUGUCCUUGUUCAGGUCCGCUGGGGUGACAAGGGUUCCACUGAGGAGGGGGCCAAACUUGAGAAAGCCAAGAAUGCCCGUGUCAAGAUGCCAGAGCAGGAGUUUGACAUUCCACCAACACGCACUCUUAACAAUGGCAUGCACAAACCUAUCAGUCCCCAGAAGUGGUACUCUCCUAUAAAGGUAUUGAAUCCAGCUAGCAUAUUUGGUUCCUUGGAAGUUGUGUUAUAGGUUAUUUGAAGGUAAUUAAAUAACAUUCUGAACAUGUUUCAAUAAAACGUAUAAGAACACUGCUAGCUUAACUGUUUUGAACUCCAAGCACAGAUAGGACACAUGGAAAUUCAUUUGCUUAGGCAUUUAUCAUGCAAACACAUUUCUUUUUUAUUGUGGCACAGCAUCAGUGAGAUUCAAACCCAUGAUCUUCUGUUCUCUAUCCAAGGAAUUAGUCCACUGCGCCACUGGGAUGGAGCUAGCAUCUCAUGUUGUUUUUACUCAUACAAAGCUGUUCAUUUUAGUCUAUUCAAACAGACCCCAUUUCAUAGGAAACAAGCACUCAUUAAGAUCAGGUGUGGCCUAUUAGUGGGCGCGGCCAACACACCUGAACACGCUUAACAAGAUAGAGGUUAGUGAGAGUUUUGUUGACGCUGAGAAUGGAAUGUAUAUGUUUUAAAAUAACAUUAUUAGAACGUUCUUUGAAUGUUAAUGUUUUCUAGAACAUUGUUUGUUAAUGUUCUCUGAACAAUUUGAGAACAUUACUUUAAAUAGAACUAUGAGGAAACCUGUAGGAAACGUUAUGCUGAAGUACUGAAAUUCCCACCUUGGAAAUGUAUAGUUCUCUGAACAUUAUGCAUUAGCUGGGUAUCCCGCACAAUUCCCAGAACAUUGUGGGAAGGUUGUAUGCAAAAUAACCAUAGGACAACCACACUCUCUUCAAGCUCUAAGAAACAUAUGGUUCUCAGAACGUUAUGUGCUAGCUGGGUACGCCUGUACUUAGGAGUUCAACAUUUCCUUGGUAUACCAUAAAAAGGUACACUUUCUAGUUGAGUAGGGGAAUAACAACAACAAAAUUGCAGUACCUUUCAAUUAAAAUAAAUGUCCAAUCAAAUGCACUUAAUUGAAAAAAUCUUAAACAUUACAUGGUUUACCAUACAAGGUAGAUUUUUAGGGAAUUGAGGGAGGCAAAAACAAGAACAAAAUUGCAGUACCUUCUACUCACAUACAAUCAUAUGCACUCUAAAUUCCAUGGAAAACAUUGUUAGUAAACUUUUACCAUUGUGGUCCUCUGUAGCUCAGUUGGUAGAGCAUGGCACUUGCAACACCAAGAUUGUGAGUUUGAUUCCCCCCUCCCCCCAAAAAAGUAUGCACACAUGACUAAGUCACUUAGCAUCUGCUAAAUGGCACAUAUUCAUAUUAUAUAUACUGUAUAUAUUAGGCAUAGGUUAUCAAGUGCAAACUAUCUACCCAUCAGGGUUGGGGUCAAUUAGGAAAAUUGUGAAUUUAAUUAAAUUCAAACUAUGAAUUUUAAUUGGCCACACCCGACAGGAAGCAGAAUUUGAAUAAAAUAUAAUUUAAUUCAAAGCAUUUCAACUGAGAUGUGAAACCUGAGUCUCAUUCCUUUGACAAAUAUUUUAUCAAAAGGAUAUGCCACCUAUGAAUGCAAAGAAUACACAUACCAUUUCAAAUACUAGUUUGAUUGUAACUCAGACGUCAAACAGUAAUUUUUCUUUGUCAUGAGAUGUUAGAUUGUUCCCUUCCAUACUACAGUGUCCGAUCUAAUGCAUUCUGGGAAAUGUGUUUUUUUCUGAUAUUUAAAAACAUUAAGGGAAUUAUUAAUUAUUAUAGACAACCCACAACCUGAUCUUAGAAUAUUUCCAGACCACUGUAAUUGUUUUAAAUUGUUUUAGGAGAAUGAGAAUGUUUCAACCUUAUCCUACCUGGUAUAAACAUUUUCAUGGUGAUGUGUAGUAUAAAUAAGCAAUUUAAAUUUCAUUGAAUUUCAUUGAAUUACAUUCUACUUCCUCUAAUUCAAAUUUAAAUUCUGCUUCCUGUGGGGUAUGACCAAUUCAAAUUAAAUUAAGAUUCAAUCAUUUAAUUAGAAUUAAAGAGAAAUUCGCAACUCAAUUCAGAAUUGACUCCAACCCCCAUCAAAACCCAGUCUAUGAUCAAAACAAUUCUUAAUUAGUUGCAGCCUUCCUGUAGUGUCAUUGUUUCCAGGAAGUUUGUUUCAUAACGUCUCAGUCAGCUGGAUGAGUGGUAAUAUGAACCAGACAUGAACUGAGCUGACCUCAGGAAGAUGAGAUCUGCAGAGCAGAGGGAAGCUGGUGCUAGUCCCAACACAAUACAUUCCUUCCCCUUUAUCUCUACUUACUCUCCUCACUGACUAUUAUUAUGUCAUGGGGCAUAGCUUUCGAUGGUUAAACAGCACCAGACAGCCAGCCAGACACAGACAGAUAGAUGUUAGACUGAUCAACAGACCUGUAUACUGGCAUAUACAGAAUAGAAAUAAACCAGAGCGGAGUAAAGCAACUGACAGGCAUACAGCCAUUCAGGCAGGCAGACAGGAAAUAUUGUUAUUAUCAUAUUGUCAUCAACUAUGUAACAUUCUUCUCUUUAAUGUAUUGUGCCCAUCUUUGUUCAGGGCAAGCUGGAUGCUCUGUGGGUGUUUCUGAGGAAAGGCUACGAUAGGGUGUCUCUGAUGAGACCCUAUCCUGGAGACAAGGUAAGACACAAAAAUAAACGGCAUAGAGAAAGACACAUCCAACACUUGCUACUGCACUGUAUGGGAUGACACGAGGAUAUGCGGAGUCAUGGAAGGCACUUUUAGCAACUCAAUAAGAAAGCCAGUGUGUGACUUACCUGUAGGGCAGAGAAGGAUAGCUUACAGGGGCUUUUCCUUCAGAGCUCUUCUAGGGGAUGAUAAGGCCCACUGGCCCAGCACUUCAUUAUACUGUUAUGUAAGAAAAGCAUAAAAAAAUGCAAUCAGAUGAAACCGUUUAGGAGGCAGAGACCACACUACCUAAUGCCUAGGCCCACUCCGUUGCAAAUCCUCAACAGAAACAACUCAAACCCCUGGAAAAUUGAGGGAAAGAAUAAGAUCUGGAGCCAAGACCACAGCCUGAGGAGCAAAGCAGACAGAAUGGAAAAUAGAGAGGGGGGAGGCUUCAGCACCAUCUUUCUUUUUUAUUCUCUUUUUGAACUUUUUACUUUUUUUGCAAUGGUUCUUCCAGCAGUCUUUUAUAACUUUUUUUUCUCCAUCAAAACUAUUCCACCAGGCAGCUGAGGAGAGUGGGAAUUUUGAUUAACUCCUUACAAACUCAUCACGUUGGCAAUUUUGGAAGCCAAUUAAAGCCCUAAAUUAAUUUAAACUGCUUUUGAAUGCCUUCAGUGCCCAUUUCCUCAUUAAAUCAUCUGCCCCGGCUAAAUGCUUUUAAAACAUUUCCAGCCAGGCAGUAAAUAAUACACUAGAAAGGUUGCAGCUGAUAGUAAUAAUAACGGUGCACAGACAGAGCGGCUGUGAGGAAGGCAUAAUGUAUCCUGGCAUAUACAGGCUGAAGAAGCUGAGGUGCUAAUAUUGCUCCAACCUGAAGGAAUGUGUUCAAAUCUGCUGAAGCCAUUAAGGACAGAUGACUAGUCACUACCCACAUCCCCACCUUCCCGUAACUCAAGCCUAGCUGGGAGUUUUGUUUUUAUAUGGUCUCAAUGACAGCUGUGGAUAGCAGGACGGGGCAAACCAUCCACACAAUUCCCUCUCUUCCCAUCUUUCAAAAGCUGUUGCUACCUCAGUAAAUCUCCUUGUUGUUUUGACUGAAUUGGACAUUUAUAGCCAAGCAGAAGACAAGAUGGAGUCAGCAUAAUAUACAGAAAGGAAAACAAUGAUAAUGAGAGAUUGGUCAAAGAUUCAUCCACCCAGGACUCAUCCAUUAAUAUACAUCGUCAGUCACAGGCUUCAUUAGGACAUGUGUUGAUGAUAAUGUAUCCACGAAAACAAUCUGUACAUACCCCAACCAAAAACCCUGGAUGAAUGGAGAUAUCCGUACCAUGCUGAGAGCCCGUACUGCAGCAUUCAAUGGCAGCAUAACGAACCCUGAUGACUCAGUGGUGUGCGACAUGUACAAGGCAAGCAGGUACGAGCUCCGCAAAUCCAUUAGGGACGCAAAAAGUUAACACAGACUCAAACUUCAAUUGAUGUUUGACAACUCAGACUCGUGACACAGGUGGCAAGGACUACGACUAUCACAGACUACAAAGGCAAAUCCAGCUGUGUGGUGCCCACCGAAGCCUCCCUCCCAGACGAGCUUAACACAUUCUAUGCUUGCUUAUAGGGAGGAGGUAAGUGAACUGUCAUUGUGGUAUUGUGGUGCCAGGACAACAACCUCUCCCUCAACGCCACCAAAAGAAAGGAGUUGAUUGUUGACUUCAGGAAGCAGAGGAUGGAACACGCCCCGAUCCACAUCAAUGGGACUGCAGUAGAGAGUCAGUAGUUAAGUUCCUCGGCAUCCACAUCACAGAGGACUUGACAUGAACCAACAACACUACCACUCGUCAAGAGGGCACAACAGUGCAUCUUCUUCCUAAGGCGGCUGAAGAAAUUCGGCAUGCCACCCUGGGUCCUCUCCAAAUACUACCGCUGCACCAUCGAGAGUGUCCUGACCAGUUGCAUAACGGUCUGGUACGGGAAUUGCGCCGUCCACGACUGCAAGGCCCUCCAGUUGGUGGUGAAGAUGGCCCAGUACAUCACUGGUACGGGGCUCCCACCCAUCCAGGACAUCUACUUGAAACGGUGCCUGAGGAAGGCCCGCAGCAUGAUCAAGGACCCCACACACCCCAGCCAUGAGCUGUUCACUCCCUUACCAUCAUGCAAAUGGUUUUGGAGCAUGAGGUCAGAUACCAACAGCCUCAGAGACAGUUUCUAUCUACAAGCCAUCAGACUGCUGAUCACUUCAACUGUACUGACCACCUGCACUGACUCUCCGCACCUUCACACACACACACACUGAUAUACACUCAUUCACACACACACACACACACAGAUAUACACUCAUUCACACACACGCACAUCACAACUGCUGCUAUCAUACUCUUAUUGUCAGCGUCUGGGUAAAGUGGGGAAACGGAAUCAGGCGCAGGACACAGAACUGAGAGAUAAAUGGCUUUACUAGACUCAAAGUAAACCAUAGCAAACCCUCCACGCAGGGAAGAGCAAAACAACAGCUCAACAGACGACGUAACAAAGAACAAUCACGCACACACCCAGGAGGGAAAACAGAGGUAAUAUAGGGAAACUAAUAAGCCUAAUGAGUAACAGGUGUGAAAAAUAAAGACAGAACUAGUGAGACACAGAAAUAUCGAUCGGUGGCAGCUAGUACUCCGGUGACGACGACCGCCGAAGCCUGCCCGAGCGAGGAGGAGGGGCAGCCUCGGCCGUAUCCGUGACACUUAUUCUCAUUGCUAAAUACUGCACAAUUUAAACACUUGCCCCCCAAUCCCCCCUUCCCCAAAACACAUGUAAAUAUUGGACUAUAAAUUGUGCCUUCCUGUAUUAUACUUAUGCUAAAAACUGUCUUCUAUUCUACUGAGCCAUCUACUUUAUAUUCGUAUUCUUAUAUUUUAUUAUUUCUUAUUGUUGAGAAGGAACCUGUGUACAUAUGACUAAUAAAACUUGAAACUAUUCCCUUACAGACCCUUCUCUAAGAUCUAUAAAUCCACUUUGCAUGAAAAAGUUAUGUAAUAAUUAUGAAAUAGUUCAAUACUGUAUACACCAAUGUAUCAGUAAAUCACUGGGCCCAGUUUUUCAAAACUUUUAAUCUGGAUCAGAGUAUCUGGAUUCUGUAAUACAAUUUUUCUUGCAAUCCAGGAUCAUAUCGAUCUGGCUGUUUUUGAGCCAUUUUUUGUUGUUGUUGAAAAUAAUCGGAUAGGAUAAUUCUGAUGCAGAUACCACAAUAUCAAGAUCACAUAAUCUGGAUUUUCGGUGCUUUGAACAGGCCUACGCCUUGCCAUCUACUGGACAUAUUAAGUUGGAUUACCAUUUUUGAAAAACCCAAUUCGAACAUUUAACCCAAUCCGAUUUCUGAAAUUCGAUCAGAUAACUUUUGAAAAGUUAGGGAAUCCAAUCUGACCUUCAAUCAGGAUUAAAUAUAGUUUAUGCAUUUUUCAAAGGUGAUUAGGAUCGUUUUGAUGCCGAAAAUCAGGAUUAUCUUGAUCCCAUGGGAAGGGUGGAUUCAGUAAGGUGAGAGCCUCUACAAUCAAUAAAUGUCAAUGUAACUAAGGUGACAAGGUUUAAAAAUGUUCGUACAUCUGAAAACCAAAGGUUCAUUAUGUUAAACUGACCGCAGUAUACGUAUGUGCUCAGUUGUUAUAUUGAGAAGUGUCAAAUACAUGUGUACUUACUUAUAAGUGAUAUGCAGGCUCUAUUAUUUGUAAUCUAGGUACCUUUAUUCUUGUGACUGAACAAAAAUAUAAAAUGUCAUGAGCUGAAAUAAAAGAUUACAGACAUUUUCCAUACGCACAAAAAGUGUAUUUCUCUCAAAUUUUGUGCACAAAUUUGUUUACAUCCCUGUCAGUGAGUAUUUCUCCUUUGCCAAGAUAAUCCAUCCACCUACAGGUGUGGCAUAUCAAGAAGCUGAUUAAACAGAUAGCUGGAAAGGUGGCAUCCUAUGACGGUGCCACGUUGAAAGUCACUGAGCUCUUCAGUAUGGGCCAUUCUACUGCCAAUGUUUGUCUAUUGAGAUUGCAUGACUGUGUUCUUGAUUUUAUACACCUGUCAGCAACGGGUGUGGCUGAAUUAGCCAAAUCCACUAAUUUGAAGGGUUGUCCACAGUGUACUGCAGUAAAUUUAACAUAAUGAAGCUUUGGUUUUCAGAUUUAAAAAAGUUUUUUUAAGCCUCCCCACUUUAGUUACAAUUGAAAUUUCUCGGUUGUAGUGCCUUUCACCUUUCUAAAUCCACCCUCCCAGUGGGAUGAAGAUGAUCCUGAUUUCCUGCAUCAAAACUAUACUAAUCACUGCCUUUGAAUUUUGAAAAAUGCAAAUACAACAUUUAAUCCUGAUUCAAGGGCAGAUUGGAUUACUGAAUCCUUAUCCAGAAGUUCAGAAUCUCAUUUUUCAGUUUUGAAAUACCAAAUUCUAACAUUUAAUCCAAUCUGAUUGCUAAAAUCUGAUCUAAAAAGUUUUUAAAAACUGGGCCCUGAUGACUGCCUCUGAUUUCUCUCGUCCCUGUUUUAUCCCUCUCUCCUCUUACAGGGCAGGUGCAUUAGCUUCACCCGGGUGGAAUCCUACUCUACUCCUCAUUAUCCAAUCUCCCACUGCCCGUCCACACCCAUCUACAGUCUGCCUCACACCUACAGUCACGCUUCCUCACAUGGCACCCUCUCCCAAAUGCCCCCCUCUCCCACCUCCACUCUUCCACCCCUGCCAUCCACUCCCCCUCCAUCCUGCAUCACCCCUCCCCCUUACACCCCCCCUCCAAACCAAGCUCUGCCCCAAACUUCUGUAAGUCCUCCUCCACCUGUUGCUCCACCCACCCCUUCACCCCUUUUCUCUCCCACCCCUCCACCCCUUUGCCCUGCCACACCCCCUUCCCCAACUGGCUCUCUGCCCCCACCCCCCCAGGCCUCACCCCCAUGCAGAGCCCCUCCCCCUUCCCGCCCUCCCCCACACCCAUCUGACCAAUUCCUGUGA